UUAUCAAGAUGGCUGACUAAUGCCGAAAAUUUUGAACUUGAAAUUGUUAUGUUAUGUUUGUGCUUUAUAUAUGAGCGAAGGAACAUGUUCACUUUCAAACAUUCACGUUGGUAACGUUUGACAGCUAUGAGUUACAUCAGCAAGUGCUUUUUAUCGGGAAAUCGUCAUGCAAUUAGCACUUUUAUACCUCAAUCGAUAACAAACGGAUUUAGUGUUGUAUAUUUCAAUAAUGGAUAAUUUACCUUCAACUGAACAAAAGGGAUAUACAAAUCAUGAAGCUCUUCAAAGACUUCAUACCGAAAUGUCAAAAGAAAUUAAUUUGCAAGAAGACAAGGAAAAACAGCAAUCCUUUGGAUCCCUGUGUAAAUCCCUUGAUCCGUCACAGAUCCAGUCUACAUUCCACUGGAGUGGUUGUUUCAUUGUGGCAACAAUUGCCAUAUUAUUGCUUGUCACAUUUGGAAUAAGUACUCAAAACUCAGACAAUGGGUUUGGAUGGUACAAAGUUGAAUUUGUGAUCUGUGUGUUCACCAUUAUUAUAAAUGUAUGGUUUUCUGUAUGGAACACUCGACUACAGAGAAGAGAAUUUAUUCGACUAUCAAAGCUAGCUUUGAGACGCAUAGAGGAUGUUUUAUCCAAAUCCGAUUGGUGUGCUGAGGAUUUUCCAUUCAUAAACUCGCCAAUAUCACCAUGCAUUUCUCUGCAAUGGACAAUCAGAGAUGGGAUAAAUACCAAUGUUCCAGUUCCCUUGUUGGUCAAGGAAGACAUUAUCCUUCUAAGGCCAGGACAAAGAGUUCCAGCAAAAUGCGUGAUACUGAAAGAGAAUUUGAUUGGAGACAAGAUUCUUAUGGAGGGAGAUAUUUACACACAGGAGCGAGAGGCAGAAAAAAGGAGAUUAAGUGCAGAUAUUCCUCAGAGUAAAACUCCAGUGGCUGUCAGUUACUUCAAGCUAUUAGAGACUCCAUAUAUAUCACAACUUAGGAAGAUUUUGAGUAACAGAGUGGGGCACCCUGUUAGCUCUACAGAAAAUGAGAGAUACAAUAUAGCAUGUGUCUGGCUGGAGAGAAGACUGCUUCCUGUUGUAGCUGUUUUACUACUGGUUGUAAACGUGUUGAGGACCAUGUACAUUCCAGGGCAUGUUGGACACUGGACAGAAACGGUGGUCAUUUUACCAAUCAAUGCUAUCUUACCACUAACUCCUCUAUUUCUGCCCAUUUUGUGGAGAAUGGUGAAUUACUAUGGACAGGCUAGAGUGUAUGCAGCAUUCAAAGUAGCCAAAGAAACAAAGGUGCUGUGUGAAGACAGUUUUAGCAGUGACAGUGACAUAUCAGAAGAUGAAGCUAAGGUGGACAUUAAGCUGAAUAAUAUCCUAAGCCUCUACUGGGACCUCGCCAAUGGCCAAGGUUGUUACAUCUCACGGCAGAUCAACAUCGCCCAGACUCUUGGAUCUGUGUCGUCAUUCUGUUGUGUGGACAAGAAGGGAAUCCUCUCCUGGCCCAAUCCCACAGCCGAGAAGAUCUGUUUCCUGACCCCAGAGUCACAGAGAGACCCAGUAAAUGAUGAGGAGGAUCAAGGUUUUUCCAAUUCCUGUGACAAAAUCCACCCCCACCCGGAGGGGACGGAGAAACAUACAACACCUCAUGCAGCAGGCAGCAGUGUAGAAGUUUUGGAUCUCACUCAUGCUUCCAUGAAUGCUUUUGAACUUCAAUUUGACGACCCAAGCUGGAUGAAGUACCUGUCAUCUUUGAAGCCUCUGGGUCUGAAUAUCCUUGCUAACACCUGCAAUGGCAAGACCGUGGAUUUGUACACAAAGUUCACGGACCACGUCGCUUCCGAGGCCCUGGCUAAUGAGGACACAGUGGCAGUGGUCAAUAGAAGAUGUCUGUGCGAAUUGGCUCGACAGAUCGGGUUCACCGAGAAAGCAUUGGACGGAUUUUCAUUGGACAGAAUUCUCGGUGUUUACCGACAGGUGUCCCCUGAAGAGUCUGCCAAAGCUAAGGUGCACAGAGCCAAGUCGUUUGUUCACCACCAGAUCCCAAUGCCCAACAUGUUCUCUGUGGUUAUGAAGGAGAAGAUGUCAGGGUCUAGCCAGAUCUUUUCCCAGGGGACAGGGGACAUCCUAGUGGACUGUUGCAGUGAUUACUGGAAUGGAGAGGAUGUGUGUCCACUGACGGAAAAUGACAGGAAGAAGGUCUUGGAUUUCUACCACCGAUCCAGCAUGGCCGCCUACUGUACGGCCUUUAGUUACCGACCUCUGACCCAGUACAUCUCCCCCCACCUUUGUGAGAACUUUAUACAGGUCCCCCAGUACUGGUCCAGCAUUCAGGAGCCAACCACUGUGUCACUAACAUCAGACACAGACCUGCCCUACGAUUCUCACCUGUGGAAGGAGUCGCGGGCCUUCAGCAUGGACUCUUUGUUUGACAACACGAGCACCUCGUCUGUGGAGGACACGGUUGGCUGCUGUCAGGCCCAGAGUAACCAGGUGUUCAUCGGGAUGGUCACCAUGCAGUACCAGGCCAGACAGGAUUUUGUUCAGCUUAUUGACAAAUUGGAAAUUGCCUGCAUCAGAUUUGUCCAUUUCUCUCAAGAAAAUGAAGUCAGAAGCAGAGUGUUCUCAGAGAAGAUGGGACUAGAGGCUGGUUGGAACUGCCAUAUUUCCCUACGGUCAGAUUUGGGGGUAGGAACAGCCCCCACCAGUGCUUCAGUCUCGCAGAUGGAGCUCUCCAAUCGCUAUUCAAGUCGCCACUCCUCGGACACAGCCGCCCGCGAAACAAAUGCCUGUGCCCGACUCUUUCAGUCACAGGAAUCCAUUAGAUCUCGCAGCCACAGCGCACCGAGUGUUGUCAACUUGGACUCUUCUCAAGUAAGGUUCCAGAUGUCGGAUGUUAAUAACGGCAAGCAGCGUCAGCGGUUUCUGAGUGAACAUCAUUGUGAGCCACUGGUCCCCACCGAUAGCCAGAACCAUGGGAGUAGCAGUCCCCCAGAGAGCAUUGUCAAUGAGAACACUCCCUUAAAUUAUGAAGAGGAGGGGGAAGUGAUAUUGAAGUCUUAUGAAUGGACCAAUCAGAAUUCAGAUAACAUGGGCAGUGCAAGUAGAAAUGCAUCUAGUUACUUGACUGAUGACAGUUUAACUGGUGCACUUGACAACAGGGCUAGGUUACCAAAAGGAAUAGAAAAUAUUCGACCUCAUUUGGAAAAUGUGGACAAUGUUCCUUUGUUAGUGAAUCUCUUCACAGACUGUACCACAGAAACGACGUGUGAGAUGAUGGAGAUCAUGCAGGAGCAUGGGGAGGUGGUGGUCUGUACCGGCAGUAAUCUCAACAUUGAAAACGUCGACCUUUUUCUGCAGGCAGACUGCAGUAUGGCGGUGGAGCCCCUGUACCCCUUGGUGUGUGCCAGGAACGCCUCCACGCUGACCCAGUGCAGGGACGACCCUCUGUCCCCCAUGGCUGUGGCUGCCUCACUCAUCAGCCUGCCCUGUCCUCUCAUCUUCAAGUACAAAGACAAUAUUGGAGUUAUCCAACUCGUCACAGAGGCUCGAACUUUUCUCCUGUCCCUGAAGAACACGUUCUAUCUGAUGCUGUGUUAUCACCUGUCUGUGACCUUGGUCCAAGUCCUGGCCUCCCUCCUGCUCCUCCCCCCUGUCCUUGCCCCCCAGCAGUUGUUGUGGCUUCUCAUCUUCGUCAUCCCCCUCAUCAGCCUCAGCAUGAUGGGUAAUGCGGUGGAUUUCAGAAUCAUGAACAACGCCACAGUCAAAUAUCCCAAGAAUAUUACCAUAGAGAUGAUAUUCCAGUUUAUUUGUUACUACUGUGUGAGAUUUUUACCGGCCAUUUUAGUGUGCUUAUUUUGUUAUACAUUUACACUCCACUCUUUUUGUGAGAGCGUUUCCACAGACUUUCCAUACUCGUGUGCAAUAUUUAGUUUUAGCCCUCAGAAUGGAACUGUAACGUGGUAUGAAAAGUAUUCCGGGGGUCUUGUUGUGGCUCAAAAUAUACUCCUCUUUUUACUGGUUUUAUAUUUUGCUACUAUAUCGGUGAGCUUUGUCCACUGGUCGGACCCCCUCUGGCAGCAGUUGCCCACCACCAACAAAGUCUGGCGUGUCGCUGUCCCAGCAGUGCUGUUGUUUCAGUGUGUGUUCUUUGCCUGUGAUAUUGUGAUUCGGAGUGACGGCCUGCCCUUCACCCUGUCCCUGGGGGAUGUUCACCCAGCUGUGUAUGCUACAGGCCUGCCCUUCGCCCUCAUCAUUGUGGUCAUAAAUGAACUGGUCAAGAGACGUGAAGUCAAAUUAUACUCUAGGUACCAGAAGAGAAGAAGGCUUAGCUUUGGAACAAAAUUGGGAAUGAAUUCUCCAUUUUAACUACAACUGAGCUUAUUUGUGUGAUAUUGUAGACAUUGUAUGGUGCAAUCAGUAUGAUGUUGUGUGUUUUGAUGGCUAAAUGUGUGUACUUGUAUGUUCUGAAAAAAAGUGCAAAAUUGUUGUAUAUUUUUGGAAAGAGCCAUAAACCAAAUAAUUUAUUUACUAGACAUAUUACAGGUUUACAUUUGAAGGAUGCCAAAAGAAAAGUUAAAGCAUUAUUAAAUAAAAUAUUUUGUUCUUGAUUUUUAACAAUUCCUUUUAUAUUUCAAUUUUAUUUUAGCAGUAUUGUCUUUGCUUUUUCAUGGAUGUUGGAUGUUAUACAUGUACAGUGAAAUUACAAAUAUGUUGUUUUAAUUUCUGUUUAUUAUACAUGUACAUGUAUGGGUUUUUUUCUACAAGGUCUCAAAACAUUUCGCAUUUAUAUGUAUUGGACAGAUCAAACUGACAAAAUAUAUUGAUGAAUUUCAAUAAAAAGAUGAUGUCUUGUAAAAUACAUGAAACCUCAGUUUGCUUUCUUUUGUUUGGGUUGAUCCUUUUGGAAGUCAUAACCCCAUAGGAAGCUAAAAGAAAGAGGGAGGGGAGAUAAAGUAGCAGCAGCAGUAAACACCUUGCCAUUGUCACUCAAAGGGAAGAUUGAUUUUCAAUUAUGAUCCAUAAGAAGGAGUUGUAAUGCCAAAGUGUGCCUUUGUAAGGAGAAAUGAAACAAAACAUCAGACACUAUUUAAAAUCUACAUGACAUGUACGGCCUUUC